AUGAUCUUUGACUUUGUGGCCUCCAGAGCGGGUGGCGAACUGCGUGCUGGUGAACCUGACAGUGGGCACUCUGGAGGUGGGCCUGCACGCCGGGCAACGACGGAGGGCUGCCGCAACAUUUCGUGGCGCGGGUGUACGCGGCCCCGACGCAGGCUCUGCUGGCCACGCUGGAAAGAGCCUGUGCCGAGGUUCCAUGUGAGCGGCCUAACGCCUGGCCAAGACUACCUCAUCACCGUGACGGCCGUGAACGCCAAGGGAGCGAGUGACCCCGAGGAGAUUGAUGCUGUCCGCCUCAAGGUGGCCGAGAAGCGGAUGGUAGAGGUCACGCCCGCUCCCGUGUCUCCCCUGGUGGGCGUGUUCCUGGGCCUGGUGGGCGGCUUCGUGUUCCUCCUGCUGGCGGGCGUGUUCCUAUCCAGAGGCCGAUAUCACAGGUGUAGAUGUUGGGGUCACCACCAGGCGGCGGAGGACACCACGAGGAGCUCCCCUCCACCCAGCACGACCACCACCACCACCACCACCACGCCCACCACGCACGCCCGCACGGUCUCCCUUCAAGGACAGGAAAGAAGAGCAGCCCCAGACGUCUUACGAACGAUUAAUGCUCAACUUUUGGAGAGUGACAUAUGCCCAGAGAUUAUAUCAGCGCGUGUCCCGCCGCCCCCCUAUACACGCACGCAGCCGGCGGUGGUGCGGGAGUCCCCGGCCACGACCACAGCGGGACGGUCGCCCAGCCCGAUACUUCUGCCCCACCAUGAGAGCUUCGUCUAGAGUCUCCCCGACCACCCGCGUCACGUCUGGGACGCCUGGAGGAGGAAAAGCAACACAGGCCGUCUCCAAGUGCAAUACAAGAAGGAGAGAACUGCAACAGAACCUAGUUGACGGCCGCUUUCUCUCUUGCUCGUUCAAGGAUCCUCAGAAAACACGAAGCUGAUCUACUCCCGCGAGUCUCGUGGAGUCAGGCAGCGUCCACCUGCCGUGUGCUCGCAUCCAGCCCGGCGCGAGGUGAAGCGAAGACCGGAUGAGUCAGCGACGCCCUAUCCCUGCCGCUGCCACCGCCGCCCCUGUACCACAUCCGUAAAGGGAACACAUCAGACAGCAUUUAGGGACACGGAAUUAUCGAUUGUACUCCUAUUGGAUCAUGCCAUCCAUGUGGUGUAGGCUUGAAGGUGUGAGGUCCCUGGCUGGCCCUGAGUGGCGGAAAGCUGUGCAGGAUGGGAUGUGUGUGUGUGUGUGUGUGUGUGUGUGUGUGUGUGUGUGUGUGUGUGUGCCGGGCGGGGCGGGAGUGAAGGCCCCCACCAACCACUUGCCAGGGUAGGUAUCUGUGUUACUGUUGUUAGUCGGUAUGAUUCACGUCACUUUUUUAUCACUACAUGUCAAGCCAAGUAAGUCUGUGUCAGGGAAACCACAGGAACGGGAAACACGAAUAGGAGAGCGAGGGCGACGCACUCGCUCUUCGGUUCCUACCUGAGCCACACACUUCGGAAUGAUAACAGGAAACUUCCACACAACCUGAGCGACUCCUAAGACGGAUGUACUGUGUAUCUUCCGCAAAGUUAAAUGUAUACUCCAGUGCUGUUAUAGUUUGGUGGUGAUGAGCUCAGACUUUUUUUUUUCGUACAUUUCGGUGAGAAGCACAUCGGUCUGAAUUGGUAGCAAGGUGGUCACCACACACGGCGGGGUCUCACCAGCCCCCCAGGAAGCCUGCACGUGGACAGGUCCCCCGAGGGCCUCCAGUGCCCGGGGGAGCAACGUGACAUCGAUUCUUUUCUCCUUGCGUUGUCUUUUUUCCAAUACGAAUAGGAGAGGUUUGAACUUCCCCGAAAAGUUAAUGUGGUGUAUUUUUUUACAUUAAUGUUUAUUUGUAAUAUACUCAACAACCAUAAUCUCCACCAUAAUAUUUGUGUGAUGUAUGUUUUCUCAACCGUCCCCAUAUUUGUGGACUUGUUUUCCCUUAUUUCUGUUUUACAUUCUUCGUAUUUAUCAAGGUCAAACUCUAGUGUCGCAGCCACUUCCUGCCCGCCGAGGCUGCCGUCACCAGGCAGCCGCCGCCGGUACGUGUAGGUCUGGAUGUUUGUAUGUAAUUUUUGUAAAUUCUUAUGUGAUUAUGGCCGAAAUAGCAGCUAUAUGUAUAUUUUAUAUAAUAAAAGCAAAUUUAUUAC